CACCCACCACUGAACUCCAAAACCGUACAUAUCCAAACAGGGUUUAAAAGGGUUUUUGGGCUUCGCCGGAAUCCAAGUUUACCGCCACCACCAUCAACGGCCAAACGCCACCCAACAAAACCAAAAAUCUUCAAAACUCUCUCUCUAUCCUCGGUUAUGGAUUCCGACGCCGAAGACUCCCGAUCGAGGCAAAACCUAGAAACAGAAACCCCCAGAAAACGCUCAGAACCGUCAUCGACUUCGAUCGCCGAGAAGAAGAGCAAGAAGAAGAGGAAGAAUAAAGUCGAAGCCACCAUCCAAGUGGUCCAAAACCAGCCGGAGAGGGCCCCACCACUGGUGGGGUAUUUCCCGUCUGGGUUCGAUCCCAAGGACGGGGACGACGAGUCCAGUGCCACCGCCAUGGCUAGGGUUUUCAGGAACAGGAAUAAGCCCAAAAGGCUUCAGCUCGUGGUGAGUCCGAAUGGGGCGAACGUGGAUUUCGUCGGUACUAAUUACAGCGGCGAGGCCGAGGCUGGGCAGCAGCAUUGCAAUUAUGCCCUUGGGGUUCUUGACAAGGAAACCCAGACCUUGAAGAUCGUGCCCAUUGCUUCUAACAAGAUUUUCAGAUUAGAACCAAAAGUUCGAGGUUUGCGUUUGCCUAAUAAAGACUCUGGAAGUUUGGCAGAGGGAGAACGCUCUGCUCUAUCGAAGUCAGAAAAGAUUAAAGGGCUAACCGAUCGCUAUGGUACAAAUAAGUCGAUAAGGGAGGCUAAGAAGAGGGACGCCCUUUAUCAAAAUGAUGAUCCUGAAACUCAGAAGGAUAUGGAUGAGAAAAUCAAACAAAUUGUGAUAAAGAAAGAUGCUCUUGAAAGUACUCAAGUCCACACCGACCGUAAUAUACCACCGUAUAAUGCUGCUGCAACUUCUUCUCAGGAGGCUUAUCCGAUCGAGAAGAUCAUCCUCAAAGGAGAGUGGGAUUUCCUUGAAGAUAUUUAUCGACUUCUGCAAGAGGAAGCAGAAUUGAAGUCCGAUGAUUAUCCAAGCUUCAUUUCCAACAGAAUCCAAAAUUUGCGUGAGACUGAGGAUGAAGAGGAGAAGAAAAGGCGAGCUUGCAUAUUCUCAUACAUUACUCAUCUUAUAAAGUUCAAGGAUCUGCAUUCGAUGGACGGUGUUUCUUCUGCAAAGCGCCAUAAGUUUCCGAGCAUUCUACGCCAAAAGUUCUCAGCCAUGUUUUUGAGCUCGGAGGUGAAAAAGCUGGCAUCUAAGGAAAACGAUCUUCUGAUUAGCUAUGUCUUGGUACUCACACUAUAUGCAGAUCGGUUCCAAACAAACUUGACCGACAUAGCUAAGGAUUUGAGAAUGACUUCAGUAACUCUGAGAGUGCACUAUGAGCAAUUGGGUUGCAAGCUAGUACGCCAGAACAACCUAUGGUUCGCAACCCUACCUGUCCCUCUCCAGUUCCCCGAUUUGAGGCAGAGGCGGCGAAAGCGGUAGAGAAUCAUCGAUUCAUUUUCUUGCAAGUGAGAGCAAAUGCGGAAGAAUGUGGCGGCUUUCCUAUACAUUUAAAAAACUAGAGUUUUUGGCAGUGUUCAGUUUCCUUGCGUGAUUCCCAUCACCUUUUCUUUUACUAUUAAACACUAUUGUGCUCAUCUGAAACAGUUCUGUAUAAGGUUGAAUUUUGGAUUUUGAUGGUUAUUGUUAUAAGCAUUUGGGUAUUUAAUCAUAUA